AUGGCAACUAAGGCAUUUUGGAGCACGGAAGAUGUAGAAACCUUUUGUAAGUUGUGCAUUGAACAAAUUGAAAAAGGCAAUCGUCCGGCAAACAACAAAAGGGAUGGAUGGACAGUCAUUAUUAGCAAGUUUGAGGAGCUAACAGGUAGAAAAUAUGAUAAAAAUCAAAUGAAGAGUAAGUGGGAUAAUCUUAAGGAAGAAUGGAAAAGAUGGAGGACAUUGGUGUACAAUGAAACGGGACUAGGAUGGGAUUCAAGGAAGAAAACCGUUGAUGCGAGUGAUGAAUGGUGGGAGAAAAAAAUUCAGGCCAAUCCUAAGCUUAAGACUUUUAGGACGAAAGGCAUACAUCCUGAUCUUGCAGCUUUGUUAGAUAGGAUGUUCAGAGAGACUGUUGCUAAUGGAGGAAUCACAUGGACUCCUGGGCAAGGUUUACGUAUUGAUGAGGAUCUUGUUGAGGUCACACAACCUAGUAUCGGUGAUGGUGUAGGAUCUAAUGAUGAAAAUUUGGAGUCUCAAGCGGAUGAAACCGUUGAACCAAUUGGAACUCAGAGCCAUAAAAGAGCUGCACAUACUUCAAUGAGGCAAGCUCGAGGAAAGAAAGAAAAGAGAUUGACCACAGCACAGCAGCUUGGAACGCAAAUUAGCAGGCUUUGUUCAGCUGUUGAACAAAGGAGCGCUGCUGCUGCAUCAUCUCAAGCAAAUGAGGGAUACGGUCCUUAUAAGGACCUCAUAGAUAUGCUGGAUACAAUACCUGAAAUUGUGCAAGAUGAAAAGUUAUACUUUUUUGCAAUCUCUCAUUUUAAGAAAAAGAAAGACAAUAGGCAGGUCUUUAUGAGCUUGAAGGGUGAUGCACUAAAAGUCAAGUAUCUCAAGUAUGAGUUUGAACAGAGUCAUAGCUAGGAUGUUAGCAUCUUAUUUGAACUCUUCGGUAUGCUACUUUGUUUUCAUGUGAGACUUGUAUUUGCAUUAUGUGUGAACCUAAUUUCUAUUUAUGUUUUAAUUUGAGAACUAUUUUGUAAUGGUAUUCUCUUCAUGUGG